UUGUCUCUUUGGAAUAACGUAGCUGUAUGUUUGACCUUCGUAACCUCAGACAGUCAGUUGUUAAAUACAAACAAUGUAGGAGUUACAACAGUUAGUUACCGCCUAGCACUUGGAAACAGUGGACAUUAGUUUAAGACGAUCUGUGUAAAACGUGAGUACGAGUACAGUUUUUGAACAUUUUGAUUCUGGAAUGUCAAAAUCAUUGUUUAGUGUACCUUUUAUUGCUUAAAAUUCAUUUAGGUAGGAACAGACUAUGGGUAAAUCAAAGAAUUUACUUGAAAACGAAAGGGAACAAAUCGUAAGGCUGCGAAAGCAAAGUAAAACCUUCACCGAAAUAGCAAAUAUAGUGAACAGGUCAGAAACAGCUUGUAAACAAGCUUGGUAUAAAUGUUUAAAGACAGGCAUGUAUUGCGAUCAACCGAAAAACGGAAGACCACGGAAAACAACACCGAAAAUGGAUCGCCGGAUUCAUCGAUUGAGCGAAAAGGAUCGUUUUCGUAGUGCAAAUAAUAUUGCUGCGGAGAUAAACUAUGAAAACGAUACACAAAUUAGUGCUAGAACUGUUAGGAGAAGAUUAGAAGACUUUAACUUAAGAGGACGAAAACCCCAAAAGAAACCACUGCUGAGUUCUAGGAAUCGAAAAAGACGACUUGCAUUUGCUAAAGCUCAUAAGCAUUGGACAAAACUUGUGGAGCAUCAUAAAAAAGACAGUACAAGGUUAUAAACCGAAAAAUUUGAAUGAACUUUACUCUACAAUUGAAACAGCUUGGAGUAAUAUUACGGUAGAUCAAUGUAAAAAAUUAAUAGAUUCAAUGCCA